AACCGCCCGCGCCCCCGUCCCCCCUCCCCCCGCCUUUCGCGCGCACUUCCGCGUGCAUGUACCUGCUGCGCAGGGCCCUGAGCGGGAACGCCGGGCCGAGCUGGCGGCGGGUGGCGCGCGCCUUCCCCCGCUUCCCGCUGCCUCAGCCGCCGCCCACCCGCCCAGAUUCCCGCGCCAUGGCUUGCAGGCAGGAGCCACAGCCGCAGCGCCCUCCGCCUGGCGCCGGCGUCGUGGCCUCUUACGACUAUCUGGUGAUCGGGGGCGGUUCGGGCGGGUUGGCCAGCGCCCGCAGGGCGGCGGAGCUGGGCGCUAGGGCCGCGGUGGUGGAGAGCCACAAGCUGGGCGGAACAUGCGUGAAUGUUGGAUGUGUACCCAAAAAGGUAAUGUGGAACACGGCUGUCCACUCCGAAUUCAUGCAUGAUCACGUUGAUUAUGGCUUUCAAAGCUGUGAGAGUAAAUUCAAUUGGCGCGUUAUAAAGGAGAAGCGUGAUGCCUAUGUGAGCCGCCUGAACACCAUCUAUCAAAAUAAUCUUACCAAGUCCCAUAUAGAAAUCAUCCAUGGCCAUGCAGCAUUCACGUCUGAUCCAGAGCCCACAGUAGAGGUCAAUGGGAACAAGUACACUGCUCCUCACAUCCUGAUUGCCACAGGUGGCGUGCCCUCACGUCCUCAGGAGAGCCAGAUCCCCGGGGCCAGCCUAGGAAUAACGAGUGAUGGAUUUUUCCAGCUGGAAGAAUUGCCUGGCCGCAGUGUCAUUGUCGGCGCGGGCUACAUUGCUGUAGAGAUAGCUGGCAUUCUUUCCGCUCUGGGUUCAAAGACAUCACUAAUGAUACGGCAUGAUAAGGUACUUAGAAAUUUUGAUUCAAUUAUUAGUUCAAACUGCACAGAAGAGCUGGAGAAUUCUGGCAUAGAGGUCCUGAAGUACUCACAGGUCAAGGAAGUGAAGAAGACUUCCUCUGGCUUGGAACUGUGCAUGGUUACCUCAGUUCCUGGUAGGAAACCCACCUUGACCACGAUUCCAGAUGUUGACUGUCUGCUGUGGGCCAUUGGGCGGGACCCAAACUCCAGUGGCCUGAAUUUAAACAAAGUGGGGAUUCAAACUGAUAAAAAAGGUCAUAUCAUAGUAGAUGAGUUCCAGAAUACCAGCGUCAAAGGCAUCUAUGCCGUUGGGGACGUGUGUGGAAAAGCUCUUCUUACUCCAGUUGCCAUAGCUGCUGGCCGAAAACUUGCCCAUAGACUUUUUGAAUGCAAAGAAGAUUCCAAAUUAGACUAUGACAACAUCCCCACAGUCGUCUUCAGCCACCCCCCGAUUGGGACAGUGGGACUCACGGAAGAUGAGGCCAUUUAUAAAUAUGGAAAAGAAAAUGUGAAGACCUAUUCAACCACCUUUACCCCAAUGUAUCAUGCGGUUACCAAAAGGAAAACAAAAUGUGUGAUGAAGAUGGUUUGUGCCACUGCAGAGGAAAAGGUGGUUGGGAUCCAUAUGCAAGGAAUCGGGUGUGAUGAAAUGCUGCAAGGUUUUGCUGUUGCGGUUAAAAUGGGGGCAACAAAAGCUGACUUUGACAACACGGUUGCUAUUCACCCGACCUCUUCAGAAGAACUGGUCACACUUCGUUGAAAACCCGGACACUCACGUGGCUGGCAGUUGGACCAGUAGACCUGAAAAGAACCAAAUUACCAUGUUUACUUAUGUUCCCCUUUUACGUAUUUCCUUAUUGUAACUGGGAAAUUCUGAUAGUGGAAAUUUUCAGCUCAUAAUAGGACUUAUUUAUGUAAUUAGAGAUUUGUUUUAUCAUCUAGGGUUAAUUUUCAUUUGAUUCCCCCUCAUAGUAAUCAAUAUUUUAAAGUUGUUUUAUUUUUUGUUUACAGCUCUGUGCUAGCUGUUUUUUUUUUCGUUUUGUUCUGUUUUGUUUUUGUGUGGGCCUCCUUCCAGCUAUAAAACUAUAUGAAGUACCGUGAAUUAAGGUACUUGAAUGAAUACAACUUGCUAAUUUUUAAUAGAUGAGGACACCAGCUCUGAGUAUUACAAAGCUGCUUCAAAGAUGGAGCCGUUCUCUAAAAAUGUAUAAUAUGAGAGACCCACCUUCCCUAUUUUAUUUCUUUCAUUUUAAAUGAUAAAAAAAAAAAAUCAUGUUCCUUUUAUGAGGUGAAGUACAUCAAACUUGGGAAAGAUUUACACGAGCAAGGGACAUUUUGGAAGUGAUUUCUUCUUUCAGAAGGAGAGGAAUUCAAAGUCUCUUCCUCUGCUAAGAGUUCAUAGUUCAAGGAGAGAUUUCAAGUUUUUUCUGUGUUGUCAUUUUUUUUUUUCUAAAAACUAUUUUCAAAAAACUGAAAAUAAAAUCAUAGACUUUUCUUCUAACAAAAUUUGUUAUUAGGAAUUUAUACCUAAGAAAUCAUUUUCUAAGACUAUUUCACAUUGGGGAUUAUAUGCUAACAGUGAGCUACCUUUAGUAGGCUUAACGCUUUAUGCGGGGCAGGGCAGAGAUUUUUAUAGAUUAAGAGCAGAGGUAUAAAAGAAACAUUUAGCAAAGUUAAUGGUUGAGUUGGAAGAACAAUCUAGAAAUCACUUAGGUUUUCAGCAUUUUAUUUCCAUUAGCUUUCACCAACUAGGUAAACUAGUUCAAGUUUUCCAUGGUUUUCAUUAGUAACUUAGUGCUACUGAGUUCUUUCUUGAAGCUUUAACCGAAUGUCUUUCUGGUUAGCCAUGUCCAGGUUGCUGACUUACUGAGUAGGUCCAAAAUCAUCAGAAGAAAAAUACUAUGUUAGUAGCUAGGUUAUGUAAUUGUUGCAGCAAGAAAUUGGGGUCUAAAAACCCAAACAUGGGCUGAUAUAACUACUCCCCAUCUCUUUGUCAACCACCUAAAAGGUAGUAGACCACGGUUCUCUGCCAACCCGGUUUGUGUCUUACUCUGUGUAGGGCCCAAACUUUCGGUGUGACUUUGUAAGGAACAGGGGAGAUGCUACUAGUUAGAGCCACUCUAACAUCACGUAUUUUUUUCUUAGGUGUCCAUUGCCCUGCUUUUUUUCUGUGUCCGCGGUAAACCAACAUGCAAGUAACCUUUUCCAGGUUGCAGUCUUCAUUCUCAUCAGUUCCCAAACGGGUCUAGCCUGUGAGGCGAUCUGGCAGCACAGUCUCUGUUACACAAAGCACUGAGCAACGUAAAGAUACACAAAGCAGCACGUUGUAAACUAUCUGGCACAUUGUAGGUCUGCUCAUUAGAGUGGAUGUUGCAAGAAAGAGAAUACAGUUGACCCUUGAACAACAUGGGUUUUGAUUGUGUGGGUCCACUGAGAGGUGGAUAUUUUAUGGUAUUUUCUUUCUGAUGUUCCUCUUUUUUUUUUUUUUUUUUUUUUAAAGAUUUUUAUUUAUCUCUU